GCGAGUGCACUUAAUCGGUGCCAGGUGGGACGUUUUAGUGAUCUUCAGUGAACAGAUAACACUGCGGGGAACCUUCUUGUGCACACGCCUUCUUUGCACACACAUGAGCCCAUCUUGGUGGGUUGGUAAACUGACAGAUGCUGCCAAACCAGGGUCGUCUUCACACGCCCACCCUCCCCACCUACUCUCAACGAGAGUCAGGCUCUUUUCAUUUUUCAUUAAGGGCUAAAUUGCUAAUCCCUAUGAGGAAAUGGGGGCUAACAAAAUUUUUAAAAUAAGGGAAAUGUGCAAGCUUACUAAAUUUGUAUACUCUGUACAAAAUUUUACAGCAUUUAAUAUUUACUGUAGCUCCUCUGGGUGUCUGCCCACUGCUCUCAUUUCUGAAGGGAGGGUUUCUUAGUCCAUGCAGGUGGUUAUAAGAGAACGCCACAGGCCAGCUGGCUUAUAAACAACACAAAUGUAUUUCUCACAGUUAUGGAGGCUGGGAAGUCCAAGAUCAAGGCUCCAGCAGAUUCUGUGCCUGGGAGAGCUCUCCUCCUGGUUCAUAGACAGCAGUCUACCCACUGUGUCCUCACACGGUGGAAGGGGCGAAGGAGCUGCUGGGGUUUCUUUUAUAAGGGCACUAAUCUCAAUCAUGUGGACUCCACUCUCAUGACCUAAUCACUUCCCAAAGCCCCACCUCCUAAUACCAUCACCUUGGGGGGCAGGUUUCAGCUUGUGAACUUUGGGGAGAUGCAAGCAUUCAGUCUCCGGCAGUGGGACUCGCUGGGCUUUCCCCAUUUGACUUCAGACCCAGAUCUAAUCAGGAUCUGAAGGGAGAGUCAAGAUGGAUGUUCCUUUUAGCCUCAGGUGGGUCAUUUGCAUUUGCAAGAACCUCUUGAGGACAUCCAGUUUUCUAGACCUCUGCCCAAACUAGGGUCAUCCCUCUCCAAAUAUGCUAAGCAGAAAUACAGACAAGAUAGUUCGUACCUGUAUUUUAGGAGCUAACAUUGUUCUUCAUCCUAUUUGAUAACCAACAUCUCUCAAAUUUAGGUAUAAUUAGCACGGAGUACCAGGAAAUACAACCGUUCUGCAUAUUUCCAUUUCCUUAUUUCUGGAUUCUUUGAAGUGCAAGAACCUUGUUUUAAUCAUCAUUGGGCCGAGCAUUCUGUCUGGCAUGUGGUAGGCACCCAGUGGAUGCCUGUUGAGCUGAACUAAAUUUCUUUUAAUACUUUAGCUGAAUUAUUCCUUUGUUCUUUUAUAGAAUGAAGACAUUUAAAUGUUGCUUUAAAUACCACCUGCGCCAGAAAGUGUUCAUCCUGCUUCUAACCCUAUGGCUCUUCUCCUUGUUGAAGCUUCUCAAUGUGAAAAGACUCCUCUUCCCGCAAAGGGGCAUUUACUUGGUUGAGUACUCCCUAAGUACCUCGCCUUUUGUGAGGAACAGAUACACCCAUGCGAAGAAUGAAAUCGGAUAUGAGAUUAACUGUUCGGGUGUCUAUGAACAGGAGCCUUUGGAAAUCGGCAAGAGUCUGGAAAUAAGAAGAAGGACCAUCAUCGACUUGGAUGAUGACGAUGUCGUGGUGAUGACCAGUGACUGUGACAUCUACCAGGCCCUACGAGGCUAUAAGCAGAAGCUUGUUUCAAGGGAGGAAGAACGCUUCCCGAUAGCCUAUUCCCUGGUUGUUCACAAGGACGCCAUUAUGGUCGAAAGGCUAAUCCAUGCGAUAUACAACCAGCACAAUAUUUACUGCAUCCAUUAUGACCGUAAAGCAACGGAUACCUUCAAAGUGGCCAUGAACAAUUUAGCUAAGUGCUUCUCCAAUAUUUUCAUCGCUUCCAAAUUAGAGACUGUGCAGUAUGCACACAUUUCCCGACUCCAAGCUGAUUUAAAUUGCUUGUCAGACCUUCUCAAGUCUUCAGUUCAGUGGAAAUAUGUUAUCAACCUGUGUGGGCAGGAUUUUCCUUUGAAGUCAAACUUUGAAUUAGUGUCAGAGUUGAAGAAACUCAAUGGAUCAAAUAUGUUAGAGACAGUGAAACCCCCUAACACUAAAACAGAAAGAUUCACUUAUCACCAUGAGCUCAGACAGGUGCCUUAUGAGUAUGUGAAGCUGCCCACGAGGACAAACAUCUCCAAGGGCGCCCCCCCUCAUAACAUCGAGGUCUUUGUUGGCAGUGCUUAUUUUGUUUUAAGUCGAGCAUUCGUUAAAUAUAUUUCCAACAACUCCCUCGUUAAAGACUUUUUUGCCUGGUCUGAGGACACAUACUCGCCGGAUGAGCACUUCUGGGCCACCUUAAUUCGGGUACCAGGAAUUCCCGGGGAGAUUUCUAGGUCAGCCCAGGAUGUGUCCGACCUACAGAGUAAGACCCGCCUCGUCAAGUGGAAUUAUCUUGAAGGCCUUUUCUAUCCCUCUUGUACUGGUUCUCACCUCCGAAGCGUGUGCAUCUACGGAGCAGCAGAAUUAAGGUGGCUUAUCAAAGAUGGACAUUGGUUUGCUAAUAAAUUUGAUUCUAAGGUGGACCCUGUCUUGAUUAAAUGCUUGGCGGAAAAGCUUGAAGAACAACAGAGAGAGUGGAUCACUUUGUCUUCAGAAAAGUUCUUUAUGGCUAAAAGCCCCACAACCGCAUCAUGAUACAAUCAUGAUGGAAAUAAGGUGUCUGGUAAAUGGAGUUAGUAUGCAAUUGUAUGCUACACCAUGGCCAGUACCACUUGAGUUUAACCUCCUCACGAUCUGAAAGGUGUCUAAAGUUCCAUGCACCAGGGAACGUGACCGGGCCUUUGGUGACAAUUAACUUGCAGUGGGUUGGGUGUUUUUAUGUUUGCUUUUGCUUGUAAUCUCACUGAGCUAAAUCAGAGAUUUUAAACAGUCUGUCAUCGGAUAGCUAUUGAGUUCCUGCUGUAGGCCAGGCACUGUUCUAGAAACGUGUAGGAAAUAAACCUAAGUUGUAAUGAGUUACAUGGUGCCCUCGAGGAACUGUGGCUUAGCCUCAUCACACAGCAACCUCAGUAUCUUAACUUCUCCACGUAACAGUCAGGGUUCUACUGAAGAGGUUUUGGAGCAUGUGGCAAUUCUAUAACAGGGCUAACCACCAAUUUCAGAGUGGCGUUUAAGUACAGGGACCAGCAUUCCACUUCCUAACUCCCUAGACUUCUCUUAACCAAUAGAGGAUUAGAAGGAGAGACCAUACUACCUCAGAAGAGCUCAAAGAACUGUCCCGUUCCCUGCUUGCCAAAGCCUCACCUCCGUCGUGGUGCCUCAUUCAUUCCAUUCAAGGUCAGGGGACUGUUGGCAGGGCUCUGGAGUGUGUGACUGUUAGCGAGGUGGUGGGGGUGAGCAGGGGGUUUGGGACAGGAGGUGCCUGAAGAGGGACAAAAAAAUUUGUACAGGGAGGGAGGGGAUAGCUCAGUGGUAAAGUGUGUCCCUGGGUUCAAUCCCCAGCACCUCCAUUAAAGUAAACAAAUAAAUAAAUAACCUAAUUACCUGCCCCCAACCCCCAAAAAAAGUAAGAAAAAAUUUUUUAAAAGAUUUAGAUGACUUUUCCAUCAUGUUACACUGUGGUGUCAUGAAUGGCCUCCUUUUGAAUUCGGCUGUUUCUUUAAAACACAUUUACGGAUUAAAAAUAAAAACUGAUUAACAAAUUCACAGCUUCACACGCUAGACCAUUCAGCCUAAGUCUUUCAAUUCGUAGAUUAUCAUGAUAUGUAAGUUUUUAACAGUGGAAUCAGCGUAAUUUUGUUUUGUGGAACUAUCAAGCUAAGAAGUCACUGAGUUUUCUUGAAAAGGUUGGGUAAAAUAAGGCAGCUUUCUAAAUUAACUAUUGAGGUUAUUAGAAAAUGUUUCCUCUCCAGCAACUGUCAGGUGGAGUCCAAAUGUAAAAUUAUAAGAGCUCUAAGUUCAUUGCGGUCUUUUCAGCUUUGAUCCAAGAGAGAAAGCUCAUUUUAGGAAGGACACUGAGAGGAUAUUCAUUAAUAAUAUUUUGUAAUACCAGCACCUUAGAAAACCACCAAAUGAGUCAAAAUACACAUAUAUUUUCAUGUAACUGUUGUGCUGGAAGUGAAAUGGGACAGGAGUGGGAUCCUGAGGACAGGCUACAAUAUUGUUACGUCUCUUGGGAAAUCAUGGAACUCAUGGGAAAAUUUCUCAGCGAUCUUAGGUUUCAGUAACUACGUAAAGAUGUAGUCAUGAAGGCCAGCAUGAGACUGUUCGGAAGACUGAAGUAUUCAAAUGUGUUUUUAAACAUCUGUGUUCUACGUGUGAAAUGCAUUUUGCUCAUUUUAAAGUUUAUGAUGACUGACUGCCAAAUGGUACCACUUCUCUCUCCCUUUCUUCUUCUCGUGAAUGCAUUUGUUUUCCCUUUUUUUCCCUACCUGCUUCCAAUCACCUGUUCGUUGGUGUGUGUGACCGUGACAAGCUAAUCACGUUGGUCUCCAGGGCCUCAGUUUUCCUGGUCUAUAAAGUGUGCGCUUGGAGGUGUCCUGGCUUCCUUACAUGUUGAUAUGUAAGAAUCAAUUGAAAUAAUAUCGGAAGUGGUUUGAAAAUAGGGACAACUGAUUGAAAUAUCAGUGAGCAGUCUUAUUACGAGACAGACAUAGAUCCAACCCCCUUGUAACACUUAACCAUUUCCCUUUUCUGAAAAACCUUUGAAAUACAAAAAGAAGGCACAAUUGCAGAGGCAACUUCUGUAAUGGAAUCCAGGUACCAAGAAACCUUGUCACCACAUUUGGGUUGUUUUCUCUUUCUAAUUGAAAUAUAGUUGAUUUACAAUGUUGUGUUAGUUUCUAAUGUACAGCAUAGUGAUUCAGUUUAUAUAUACAUAUGAUUCUUUCUAAGCCAGCAGGAUUAGCAAAGUGGUCCAGUGGCUUAGAUCAGGAAUAGGGGCAGAAAUACUUUUCCUACCAUCCAGGCUUAAAUACCCAAAGUCCUGUUCAAAUCUUGUUUUUUAUGCUGUUGGUAGUUAGAAUGAAUGUAAAUGCCAAAAAAUGGUCCAGUGUCUUGCCUCUAGGUGAGAAAUGAUUCUAUCCCUUGUUUAUUGGGAAAUUUUCUGGUUAAUGGCUUUAAUGCCAUAUUCAGAUGACAUGUGGCUCCAUGAAGAGGUGGCAGUGCCUUCUUUCCAUGGACACAUUUCUUGGGAUUCAAUCCCUAACAUUUCAGGGAGCUUGUCAGAUCACUCUCCUGCCUUGGGAAUCCUGUCGAUUCCCUGCAUGCCUUCAGACCUCCUUCAAACCUGAUUCUUCCCUAAAACCUUUGGUAUGAUUGUCUCUAGUCUAGAGAAUGUUCUGCUGUCUGUGUUUUGUAAUUAUUCUUUACAUAGUAUUUAUUGAAUCUCGACUCUAAGUUAUUUGGCAAUGAGACCAGGACCUUGGAGUUUGUAAAUUAUAUUAGAUAAUAUUAAUAGUGAGAGAGCUACCCAAAUAGAUCUACCUGAUGUGAAAAAAAUCUAAUAUUAUAAUAUUUAAAGACCUGUGUUGCUGCUAUUUUUAAUGGUUUGAUUAUUUUAAGUGAAAUAUAUAUAUAAAUAAAAUGUUUAAAUUUAGGGAGUUUAAUUUGAAGAUUUCUUUUGCCUUCCAGAAUGUGAAUAUUAUACAUACAUAUAUAUUUUGACGUAUUGCAUAGAAAACAGAAAUGACAAUCUUUAAGACAGAAAAGUGAAAGUACCCAAGUAUGUUAUAACUGUUUUUGUUGGUGGUGAUGAUGGAAUGAAUUUUGAUUUUGUCAACUGGUCUCUAAAUCUCUUACUAGUCUUGUUUGGUUUUAUCAUUUUUGAAAGACAUAUUUCCCAUUAAAUGAGUUUUAAGUAGAAUGGUGUUGCAUUUUUGGAUUAUGCUGCCAUUAGAUGCUAAUUCUCCAACACUGUAAAAUAAAAUGGGCUGCAACAACCUAUCCCCUGGCAUUUAUGAUGUUUCCUUUUACUGGUUGUACUGGUUCCCCACAAAGACUCUUUCAGUUGACGACACUUGCCCAGUAUUUGAAGAGCACAGUUAAUUUCACUUCAGAAUUAAAAACAAACAAAAAAUUCAGUGUGUGUACUCUACACAGAAUAUAGGCACACAAACUUGAAUUCAUUUGGCAAGGUCUCAAAGAAUCUUCCAAGAUUUCUCUGUCUUCAUUCUCCUCCAGAUUGGUUUCUCCUUGACGAUUAAUUAUCUAGAUAAAUCUUGUUUACUUGAUUACUUCUAGGAAGUUUGUUCUCAAUAGCGUAUGUUGAGCUCUUUAUCUCACAUCCCUCAACCCCUGGAAAAUCCAGACUCUUUCUGCACCAGGACGCCUGCCUUGGUUGUGAGCCCCGAGGACACGAGGACCCUGGCUCCGCUGGUAUCUCAGGCUCCGCUGCUGAGUGAUUCUGGGUGAGCUUCCCUCUGCUGGGGUCACACCACCUAAUCCAGCUCUCCUAAACCGAGGUGUAUCUGUCAUCACUGAUCCUCACGCCCCCACCCCUGCUCUGACAGUCAGUUUUCUUCUGUCACCCUUUUCUUCUUGUCAGCCAUAACAGUCACCAGCCUUCCUGGCUGGCAAAGAGUAUGCAUGUCACACUCAUAAGUCACAAUCCAUCUCAAGGAGUAAAGCCAUUUUGGAAAACUUUAACAUAAACAAAUUAACAUCUACUUUAACCUAAGGUUAAUUCUAGGUCUUAACCAAGCUGGACAACCAUGCAAAUCCACAGUCAUCUCAUGAAAGAAUUUUGGCUGACUUUGGUGGUGAUGGUGGUGGGGUGGGUAGGUGUGCAGUGUCAUAUUGAAGACUUACAGGCUCGAUUCCCAGAUAAGUAAUUCCAUAUUUUUAAAAUUCCCUUUGGUGUCAACAAGUCUGCCUCUAAACUAGGACAACUGGCUUCUAGUUUCAUGAAACUGAUUAUGAGGAAACCCUGGCAAGAGAGAAUAGAUAAUUGCAAAUUUUAUUCCUACUGCUGGGAGAAAAUUCCUAUGAUGCAGCAUAACAAACCAUUUGAGCUUUGCUUCAGAGACAGAUGAGUGUGUCAGCCCACGAGGGUGCAUGAAAACCACAGGAAGACGAUUGACCUGAGCUCAGGAAUGGCCUUCACAGAGUCGCACCAUCCUUCCUAGGAGCAUCUUGGACUGAGUCACAGAGGACAAAUCGCCAGCUAAGAAUCUGAGAAAAAAUCAUGCUCAGUGACCUGGGUACAUUUAUUAUACCUUUUUGGUUUUGCUCCUGUUUCUUAUAGAACAAUAAAGGAAAUUUAAACAGAAA